AAAUUGCAAAAAAAAAAAGAAAAUAAUCCAAAAGUUUUUCAUUAAGUGUUAUUAAAAUUAAAAAAUUAUUUAUAUAAACAACAUAUAAAAUUGAAGAUGUCCUUAAAACCUAAGAAAGUUAAUUUUAAUGAAAUUUGGACUGAUUUAAAGAGUACAGCUGAGGCGGUUAUUAAAUUAGAUAAGGUGGAGAAAAAUGUUUGGAAUACCAGCUUUACAAAUGUGUACAAUUUAUGUGUGGCCCAUCCCGAACCAUUUGCAGAUCUCUUGUAUGAGGAAACUAAACAAUUUCUCAAGCAACAUGUAGAGAAUAUGCUGCAUACACGAGUUAAUCCACCCGGCUUGGAGGGCAAAGAAGGUGAACAGCCGGAUCUGUUGAAACGUUACUACGAUGCUUGGACCGAGUAUAGCAAUGGUAUUAAACAUCUGCACAAUCUCUAUUCCUACCUAAAUCAACAGCAUAUCAAGAAACAAAAAAUCUCUGAUGCCGAUGUUGUUUACGGCAAUCUGACCACCGAGUCUUAUGAACAAAUGGAGAUUGGAGAAUUGGGCUUGGAUAUAUGGCGCACAAAAAUGAUUGAAUCGCUAAGUUUUGAUUUGGUAAAACACAUUUUAGAUUGCAUCAAACAAGAUCGUGUAGGCAGCACUGGACUGGACGAAGAACGCGUUAAGAUCAUAAAUGUCGUUAUACAUAGUUUUGUUGAUGUACAGGCCUACAAUAAGAUGGGCACAUUGAAAAUCUAUCAGUGGCUAUUCGAGUGUCCAUUGCUAUUGGCCAGCGGGGAGUAUUAUCACACCGAGGCGACAGCUUUGCUGGAAAGGUGUACAGUUAGUCAAUAUAUUGAGGAAGUUAUAAAGAUUUUAGACGAGGAAAAUAAACGAGCUCAGAAAUUUCUACAUUCGAGUUCUCUACCUAAACUUCUUAAGCAAUGCGAAGAGAAGUUCAUUAAUGAACGUUUAGACUUCUUGUAUUCGGAAUGCAAACAAAUGGUGUCCCAGGAAAAUCGUAAGGAUCUACGCAAUAUGUAUAUAAUUUUAAAGCCCAUACCAGAUCAUUUAAAAGGCAUGCUCAUACAAACGUUUCUAGAUCACAUUAAAAACGAAGGACUCGAAACGAUUUCAACUCUUAAAGGUGAAAACAUUCACAUACAAUUCGUUGAGGACAUGUUGAAAGUGCACCAGAAAUACACUCAAUUAAUUGCAGAGGUGUUCGAAAAUGAUCCUUUGUUUUUAAGCGCUUUAGAUAAGGCAUGUGCUAGUGUUAUUAAUCGUAGACCCAGUGAUAAGCAACCCUGCCGCAGUGCUGAAUAUGUGGCAAAGUACUGUGAUACACUGCUGAAAAAAUCUAAAACAUCUGAAGCUGAAAUUGAUCAGAAACUGACCAAUAAUAUAACGAUAUUUAAAUAUAUUGAAGAUAAGGAUGUUUUUCAAAAGUUCUAUAGUCGUUUAUUGGCCAAACGUUUGAUACACGAACAGUCGCAAAGUAUGGAUGCUGAAGAGGCCAUGAUUAAUCGUUUAAAGCAAGCUUGUGGUUAUGAGUUUACUAAUAAAUUACAUCGCAUGUUUACGGAUAUUUCAUUAUCGGCCGAUUUAAAUAAUAAAUUUAAUAAUUACUUAAAACAGGAGAAUAUAGAUUUAGGCAUAAACCUUUCAAUAAAAGUUUUACAAGCUGGAGCUUGGCCUUUGGGUCCCACACAGGUUGUUAUACCCUUUGCAGUACCACAAGAAUUUGAAAAAGCUAUAAGAAUGUUUGAAACAUUCUAUCACACUUCAUUUAGUGGUCGUAAACUUACCUGGUUGCAUCACAUGUGUCAUGGUGAAUUAAAAUUGGGCUAUUUGAAAAAGACCUAUAUUGUGACUAUGCAAACCUAUCAAAUGGCCAUGUUGCUGCUAUUCGAAUCAUGUGACUCAAUGACCUGCAAAGAAAUACAAACUACACUACAAUUGAAUGCUGAAACCUUCCAAAAGCAUAUGCAAUCAUUGCUAGAAUCAAAAAUACUCAAUGCCAGUAGUGAAAAUCUAGAUGAUAAUACGAAAAUUGAAUUGAAUUUAGAUUAUACAAAUAAACGUACCAAAUUCAAAAUAACAUCAGCUUUACAAAAAGAAACGCCACAAGAGGUUGAACAUACGAUAAAUGCAGUCGAUGAAGAUCGUAAAUUAUAUUUACAAGCAGCCAUAGUGCGCAUAAUGAAAUCUCGUAAAGUUCUUAAACAUAAUGCUCUAAUACAAGAGAUAUUAUCGCAGCCAAAUGUUAGUUUUACACCUAGCAUCACAAUUAUUAAGAAAUGUAUCGAAUCAUUGAUUGAUAAACAAUACAUAGAACGAACUCCCAAUUCGGGUGAUGAAUACAGCUAUGUGGCAUAAUUCAAGCUCAAGUACUAAUGGUAUAUGUCAUCAACAACCACCACCAACACUACCCACUCACUUACUUACGUUUAUACAAACCAUCAUGUGGAGAGAUAUAAUUUUCCUGUAUGAUAUUAGAAAAAAAACAAAAAACCACAAAAUAAUAAAAACAAAAAGUGAAAAUUUUGUCAGCAAA